UAAGCGUUUUACGUUGAUCCCACUGUCGAAGGGCAAAACAUUUUAUUUUUACACAGGAAAAUACGAUGGAGUUGUAAAUAAUGUCUAUAUAAGUCAAUUAUAACUUCAAGUCUCAAGACUCAUCAUUAGUUUGAAAUUUGUAACAAUUUUGUAUUGUAUAUCUUGUCUAUCUCAAUAGAGAUAGUAUAAAUAUUUGUAAUACGUAUAAUUAUUAUCCAUGAUAGCGCAAAAAUGUUAUUGCAGUCAAGUGUUGUUGUUACUUGUUACCAAGGAAACGAGACACGGACAACAACAUCAUUUCAGUUAAAGUAAUAAUUAAUUGCCAGUUAUAGCCUAUAGGCCUUAAUGUUUAUUUAACUAUUUUAACAAGUGGAUUAGACAUUUUACAAAUUAUUUAAGAAUUUACAUUAAUUCACCCAACUAAAAUUUACAGUAAAAAAAAAUUCAAUUGAUGAAAAUGAAUAUCAAUGGUUCAUACAAAUUCAUUAAAUGUACACUUUUAUUGCAAGAGAUUUUUAAAAUUAAAGUCUUCACAUAAUAUAUAUUAAAUUUGGAAUAUUCUGUUAUUACUCAACAAAUGAAUCUACAUAUUUCCAAAGAAGAUUUUAAUAGAACUUACAAAAAAGUCAAUCGUAGUCGACAAAAACAAAUAGAUGAUCGACGUUGGAAUGUUUAUAUGGAAUCAAUUAAAACUACAGACUCCAAAAAAACAAACAUUAUUGAAAAUAACACGGACAUUAAACAAAGUGAACACUCAUUUAAUAAAUGUAGAAAUAGUCAAUCAAGCAUACAUGAUUCAGUAAAUUUAUACUCAUUGCAUGAUCCUUAUGAUGUUAAUCAUAUACAUGGGCUUAGAAAUCGUUUGUUUAAAACAUUUAUGGAGUUUUCUAAUAUUUUAAAAAAUGCACUUUUGCCACCUGUUUUAAAAAGUGCUAAAAAAGUACGAAUUAAAAUAAAAGAAUAUGAUCAGCAAACAAAUAAUUAUAUAUUUGAUCUAAACUCAUUGUUUUCUGAAAUUAAAAAAGAAUCAAAACAUGAAGAACUGUAUAAUAAAAAAAAUAAAACUAAUGUCACAUUGAGAAAAGAUUUUCAAAUUAAGUUAAUUAAAUGCUAUAAAUUAGCAAUUAGUGCUAUAAAGAUGUGUUCAAAGACCUUGGAAGCUGGAAUUUAUAACCCUAUUCAAAAUAAAAUGAAAAAUUUAUUACAAAUUAUAUCAGCUUUAUCAUUAAUUACUGGAAAAUAUAUUUAUGGAGAAAUAUUUAAGAAAAAAAAGAAAGAAAGUUUUGAUUUAGUUCAACAUUGCAAAGAUUUAGAGAAUAUGUUGGAGGAAUGUGGGUAUAAAGACACAGACAUUGACAAUUAUAGUGAUAAUAAUAGUAAUAUACUAGAUGAGCUUUCUAAUAAAGCUUUAAGUAAACCUAAAACCCAAUCGUUUUCUGCCAAUUCAAAUCGAUUAAGUAUGUAUAAUCAAGAUAAACCAAAAUUGGGAACAUACUAUGCUCAGGGAUGGUCAAAAAAAUCAUUUGAAUUAUCUAGAAAUAAAGUUUUAUCAAAAAAAGACAGUAAUUUGAACAGUAAAAAUAAUUUAGACAAUGUCAAAACUGUAAUUGAAGAAUAUCCCUUCAGAGAAUUGAAUGAAGCAAAUUAUAAUUUUUUUUUUGAACAGACACCGAAUGAAAAAUUCAUUGAUACCAAUGAAGCAAUUAAAUUUUCAAUAACUUCAAAAGUAUUAAUGUCAAAUCAAUUAAAAACAACCGGCAAUGUUGCCCUAUACAUUGUACAAGAAAACAUCUGGAGAACAUUUCCUAUUAAAAAUUUAAGGCUCUCUCAAAAUGGACAUAUGAUUUUAAACAUAACUCCAGAACAAACUAAGGAAAAUUAUUUAUACAAAAAACAAUUCCAACAACAAUCAUUAAUAGAAAAACAUGAUGUUGAUAUCUUAUUCAAUAUUUCAGAGUCAAUUAUGGAUGACCUGAUAAAUGAAGUUUUAUCAAAAAUCGAUUAUGAUGCAAUAAUCAAGAAAUUAAUAAGAAUGGAACUAUUGGAAUAAUUUUAAAGUUUCGAAGGCUUAAUCAUUUCUAAUUUAAAUGUAUUUUUUUUUACAUAGACAUAAAUUAGGUAAAAAAAAUAUGUAAUAUAAUUUUAACAAUAAAAUCAAUAAUAUAUAUUAUUUUUAAUUUAUAA